UCCACAGUCUCAAUAUCCCAAUUAUUUCCCCUUAAAAAAAGAACAACAUUUUGAAUCAUGUCUUCAACAUUUGCUCUGUCUUUCCUCCUUUCGCUUCUCCUCUGCUUCACUUUGCAGCCAUGUUUCUUCAUCUCCGCUACCGGUGGCAGCUGGGAACUAUUGCAAAAAAGUGUUGGUGUGUCCGCAAUGCACAUGCAGCUGCUUAACAAUGACCGUGUUAUAAUCUUGGAUAGAACUGAUUAUGGACCGUCCAAUCUAUCUCUGCCGAACGGAGAAUGUCGGAAUGACCCCAAUGACAAGACUUUAAAAGUGGACUGUACUGCUCAUUCAGUCGAGUACGAUGUUCAGUCCAACACAUUUCGAGCACUCAUGGUGCAAACCAACACUUGGUGUUCUUCUGGUGCUGUGACGGCCGAUGGCCGUCUCAUUCAAACAGGAGGAUUCAAUGACGGUGAAAAGAGAAUAAGGAUUUUCACCCCUUGCAACGAUGGAACCUGUGACUGGGUGGAAGUGCCAAAUGGAUUGGCGGUGCCAAGAUGGUAUGCCUGUGAUCACAUUUUGCCAGAUGGUAGACAAAUUAUCAUCGGCGGUCGGAAACAAUUUAGUUACGAGUUUUAUCCUAAGACCACUGCUCAGAAGCUAUUCAACUUACCGUUCUUGUCAGACACGAACGACCCUGGGGUAGAGAACAAUCUAUACCCUUUUGUUCAUCUCAACGUUGAUGGAAACUUGUUCAUUUUUGCAAAUAAUCGAGCAAUUCUGCUUGAUUAUGUGAACAACAUAGUCGUGAAGACUUAUCCUGUAAUUCCGGGAGCCGAAGCUCGGAACUAUCCCAGCUCUGGAUCAGCGGUGUUACUGCCGUUGAAGAACAUACAAGCCGGUGAUGUGGAAGCCGAAGUAUUGAUAUGUGGUGGAGGGUCCAACGGAUCUUAUACUCAGUCAUUGAAGAAUAUUUUCUUGCCAGCUUUGGAUACAUGUGGCCGGAUCAAGAUAACUGAUUCGGACCCGCAAUGGGUCAUGGAGACAAUGCCACAAGGUAGAGUCAUGGGUGACAUGAUAUUGCUGCCUGAUGGCAACGUUUUGAUCAUCAAUGGUGCUGGGGCGGGUUCGGCCGGCUGGGAACAAGGUCGGGAGCCAGUAUUGAGCCCGGUUAUCUACCGACCUGAUAACCUAAUGGGGUCACGGUUUGAGAUACAAAACCCUACUACCAUCCCACGGAUGUACCACUCCACUGCAGUGCUCCUCCGUGACGGGAGGGUGUUGGUUGGAGGAAGCAACCCUCAUGCUUAUGACACCUUCACCGGAGUACUUUUCCCGACCGAAUUGAGCUUAGAGGCAUUUUCCCCGGACUACCUCAACACACAAUUUGACAAUAUUCGUCCGACAAUAGUUGCGCCUGUAAAUCAAAGAACUCUAUUUUAUGGCCAAAAGCAAAAGUUUCGCUUCAGCUGUACAGGGCCGGUGAUUCAAAGCGAGGUGGUGGUAAUGCUGGUGGCACCGUCAUUCACAACACAUUCAUUCUCCCAAAACCAAAGACUGCUCGUGCUCGGAAACAAUAGAAUGGUUGUUAUUGGGAAUGGCUUUUACGAUGUGGAGGCGACUAUGCCACCGUCGCCUGUCCUGGCACCAUCCGGAUUUUACCUCCUAUAUGUGAUUCAUCAAGGAAUUCCAAGUCAGGCUAUUUGGAUUCACUUACAACGUUGAUCAUUUUACCUCCCUUCUCGCAAUUUAUUCUCUUCGUUUAUAUUAUAUAUUAACAUUCUCAAGUUGUGCAUGCCUUUUAUUGUAAUAAGUCCCUAAUCAAUAUGGUUGAAGAUCGAGCAUGCCUUUUAUUGUAAUAAGUUCCUAAUUAAUAAGAUUGAGGAUUGUUCUCAUUCUCUGGAGUUUAUAAAGUUGUCUUUAUCCA